AUGCCUGGCAAACAGUCAGAUGCGGAACAGGAGGAGAUGGGGGCUGCCGAAAACGUAGCUGAGGAGGACCUAGGGGGCCUCACGGCAGAGGAGCUCCGGCAGGGCCAGGAGGCAGCCCUGGAGCUAGAGGACAUGAUGGCACUAAGUGCCCAGACCCUGGUCCAAGCCGAGGUGGAUGAGCUUUACCAGCAAGUGCGUACCCUGGGCCAGGGCCGCUUCGGCCGGGUCCUGCUGGUCACCCAUCGUCAGAAAGGCACCACCCUGGCGCUGAAGCAACUCCCAAAGGCCUCCACCUCUCUCCGUGGCUUCCUGUAUGAGUUCUGCGUGGGCCUCUCACUGGGCACGCAUUCAGCCAUAGUCACGGCCUACGGCAUUGGCAUCGAGUCAGCUGACUCCUACAGCUUCCUGACGGAGCCCAUCCUGUAUGGGGACCUCAUCACCUUCAUCCAGCCCAAGGUGGGCCUCCCGCAGCGGGCAGUCCAGCGCUGUGCAGCCCAGCUGGCCUCGGCCCUGGAGCACAUCCACUCCCGUGGCCUGGUGUACCGGGACAUCAAGCCUGAGAAUGUGCUGGUGUGCGACCCAGCCUGCCAGUGGGUCAAGCUGACCGACUUCGGCCACACAAGGCCCCGUGGGACGCUGCUGCGCCUGGCUGGGCCACCCAUCCCUUACACGGCCCCCGAGCUCUGCUGCCCCCCGCCCCUCCCUGAGGGCCUGCCCAUCCAACCUGCCCUGGACGCUUGGGCACUGGGGGUCCUGCUGUUCUGCCUUCUCACCGGCUACUUCCCCUGGGACCAACCCCUGGCCGAGGCCGACCCCUUCUACGAGGACUUCCUCAUCUGGCAGGCGUCGGGCCAGCCCGAGGACCGUCCUCAGCCCUGGUUCGGCCUGACGCCUGUGGCCGACAGUCUCCUGUGGGGGCUGCUGGACCCUCACCCCCGGAAGAGGAGCCCGGUGAACUCCGUCCGGGGCUACCUGGGGCGUCCCUGGAGGCAGCAGCAGGAGGAAGCUGAAGAGGCGGAAGAAGGGGACGGAGAGGAGGAUGGAGGGGAAGGGGAACAGCCCGAGCCCACCUUGCCUGCAGAGACUCGGAAGGGGAACCAGGUGGGCCCCGCAUCCUGAGGUCACCUCUGCCUUCUUGUGGUGGCUUUUGGCUUCUCUCUUGCCCGUUUUCCCCUUUCUGCCUUCCUUACCCCCCACAUGGGC